UGAGUGCAAAAUGUGGGGAAAGGAGAACUCCACUGUCUUCUGCUGCACCCAUCUGUUCUGAAAGUGCAGGUGGAACCCUAUUCACUCUGCUCGGCAUGUGUUUCGAGAGGAGGGCAGGAAGAAAGGAAGGGCAGCAAGAAGGAGGGGAGAGAGGAGAUGGAAGGGCAGGAAUGGAACAGGGAAGAGGGGGAGGACUCUUGGUGAUCUCUCCUGAAGGGGAUAAUGGGAGAGGAGCGUAUAGCAAUGGCUGCCAUGUAGUACCCUCCCUGCACAAUUAGCCAAUCAGCGGCGUGCUCUCCCAGCCAGGAGGACGCAUAAAAGAAGAACAUUGCAGCAGAGGCACAGAAGGAGACUGUGAGAGGAGCAAGGAAUUACACACAAAAGCAGCGGAACCAGAACACCCUCCCCUGGACACACCCUGCUGAGGAUCACUGCUUCUCUUUUUUCUGAUCCGUCGCCCACGCCACUCGGAGAGAACCCUCUCCCUCAUCACCAUCCAGCAGAAAACUCUUUUCUCCUCAUUUUCAUCCUAUAGGGGACACCUACAAUCUCGGAGGGCUGAGAUCCCUUGGUGAAGAUAGUAUUUUUUUUCCUUUUUUUCUUUUUUUUUCUUUUCAUUUUUGACUCUCAACAAAAGGCCAAAUAAUAUAAAGGCCAUUCAGCAAAGACAGACUUCAGCUUCAAGACCAGUGGAAAAGGAGGACCUAGAUUUCUUUCAUUGUACGUCAAGAAUGGUUACUCAGAUAAUCAGCACCAUGGAAACCCAGGUGUCCAACGGUCCAAGCGGAACCAGCCUGCCAAACGGCCCCGUCAUCAGUACAAACGGCUCCACGGACGACAGCAAAACCAACUUGAUCGUCAACUACCUGCCUCAGAACAUGACCCAGGAAGAAUUUAAAAGUUUGUUUGGUAGCAUUGGAGAGAUCGAGUCCUGCAAGCUGGUCAGGGACAAGAUUACAGGUCAGAGUCUGGGAUACGGCUUUGUAAACUAUGUGGAUCCAAAUGAUGCCGAUAAGGCCAUCAACACGCUUAACGGUCUCAAAUUGCAGACUAAAACAAUCAAGGUAUCAUACGCUCGACCGAGCUCAGCUUCAAUCCGAGAUGCCAACCUUUAUGUGAGUGGACUUCCGAAAACUAUGAGCCAGAAAGACAUGGAACAGUUAUUUUCCCAGUACGGUCGCAUCAUCACAUCCCGUAUCCUUGUGGACCAAGUUACAGCAGGCAUAUCACGAGGAGUAGGCUUCAUCCGGUUUGACAAGCGAAAUGAAGCAGAGGAGGCCAUCAAAGGACUGAAUGGACAGAAGCCUUUGGGCGCAGCCGAACCCAUAACGGUCAAGUUCGCCAACAACCCCAGCCAGAAGACGGGGCAGGCCUUACUGACUCAGCUAUACCAAACCGCCGCCCGCCGCUACACGGGACCCCUUCACCACCAGACUCAGCGUUUCAGUGUGAUCCCUUCACUUGGAAAGGGACCAGAUCCAAAUAACAGCUCAAACACAAUACUCGACAAUUUACUAAACGCCAGCUACGGAGUCAAGAGCUCUCCGGUUCUCUUCCCCAGAUUCUCCCCCAUCACUAUUGACAGCAUGACCAGCCUGGCUGGGGUCAACCUCACCGGUCCGACCGGAGCCGGCUGGUGCAUCUUUGUGUACAACCUGUCCCCCGAGGCGGAUGAGAGCGUCCUGUGGCAGCUCUUUGGGCCUUUCGGUGCCGUCACCAAUGUCAAAGUCAUCCGCGACUUCACCACCAACAAAUGUAAGGGCUUCGGCUUCGUCACCAUGACCAACUACGACGAGGCCGCCAUGGCAAUCGCUAGCCUCAACGGCUACCGCCUGGGCGACCGCGUGCUGCAGGUUUCCUUCAAGACCAGCAAGCAGCACAAAGCUUGAAAGAGAAGUCGCUCGCUCCAGCUUGUUCGACCUGCAGGGAGACAAACCUCCCUGCGACAUCACUCUACAUGGGCCUGGACUGAGUCUCUCUGACAUACUGUCACACAAAUUCACACCAAACAGACAUACAUGAACACACAAGUCAGAGUUUCAAACAAACACACUAGUGGAGUUUUUCUUUUCUCUUUACACGACAUUCUAGUCCUUCUCUGCAUUUGCCUGGAUUGAAUUAGAAAGGGCCUCGGGGUAAGGACAAGAGCUAUCUACUUAUAGGAGACAGUCUAACGAAUGUGACAGAGAAUGUGAACUGAGUGCUUUGAUUGAAUUCAGGCAAAUAUUAACAACCGAUGAACAAAAUUAUCAAAAAAAAAAAAAAAAAGAAGAAAAAAAUUUAAGUGAACAUAUAUGUGCAAUUUACCCAAACUCUUACCCCACCAUCUCUCCCGGGGAGGAGAGGAUGUAGUCACCUUUUUUACACUUGGGCAUUUUGAAUCAGCAAUUUUUUUUAGAUCAAAGAAAAUUAAACAAAAAAAAAGAAAUAAAAAAACAGUGUUCUAUUAAAAUAUUACUAUAUAUUCAAUAUUUAAGCUCGUUAUAAUAGCCGAGUAUGUAAGCAUUUUCUAGAAACUUUGACUACUGUUUCCUGACCUGCAGUAGGCGGUGCCUAGCGUGGAGGUAGUUUACCAUAUUUGAGCUUUUUAGCUCAGACUCAAUAUGAUUUAGCUUAACUAAUGGAAAAGAGUAGCUCGAAGGCCAUCGUGAUCACUUCUCCCUCACAGCCUCACACAGCAGAACACUUAUUCAGACAUUAAGAAAGAUUUACACAUAUAUACUCCUCCAAAGCUGUAUUUCUUUCUAAUCUUAUGGAUUUUAUACAGUCUGUGAUUGAGCUCUCAAGGUGACGAUCUUCUUUAGUAAUUCCGUGCUGGGCUAGAGGGUGAUCUGGAAACGUGCGAGUGUGAGGGGAAAUCCACUUCUUUACUACAGCAGCAGCAGCAGAUAAUACCGGUGUUUUAAAUAUUUUUUUAACCACAUUUUUGUCUGUAGUCGCCUGCUUUGUUUGCGCUCCACAGCCUCUAUUUAACCUCUAUUUAUCAAAAGAAAACCCCAAACAAGACGGUAAUUGAUAUAAUUUACACUCUGAUUCUGAACAUUCGUCACCCCAGUAAUACGAAAUUCUGCAAAAAUCACAAAAUAAAAGCACCGGUAUUAUUCUACACAGAUGAUUUUUAAAAAACACAUAUCUGAGAGUUCAGUAAAUUCAAGGGAUCUAUGGUUACAACUUGACCAGAUACAGAAAACAACUUUUUUCUUUUUUAAAAUGAAAAUAUUUCAGACAGAGUCAUGUUUGGCAUUUGCUCAAAAUCAUCCUUCCAGGAGAAAAAUGACCUGCAACUCCAACUGAUAAAUGCUCCCAAAGUUUUAGACGAAAAGCUUGUUUGUUCUCUUCCCGAAAAACUUUGAACUCCUUGCCCCGUGAGAGAUGACUGUACAAUAUCAAACUCACAAACUGAGUGUCACAGCUUUUCUUCUGCUGAUAACACACAAAAAAAUGUAUAAAUUUCCUAAGAUCUGUUUGGUGCAACUACAAAAAUAGACGUUUUAAAAUAUCCCCAACCCAAGAGCAUGAGGAUUAUUUAUGGCACCCUUGAAGAAAUGAAAUAAUCCCAUUCAUCUGAACAGACAGUUAAGCCCAGACUUUAGACUCACCACAAAGAAAGCUCAUGUCUUUCAAUAUCACUACACCUGCACACCAUAAUAGAUUAAAAAAAAAGGUCAACUAUAUUCAAGACACUUUUGCUUUUGCUUUUCUAAGUGACGCUGUGUUAGCCAAAGAGGACGAUCUCUUUGAAAGGAUUACAUUAGAGAUAAAUCUAUUUUUAUACAUACAAAGGAACAAGAUCUUGUGCUGAAUUUUUACAGAUUCUUAAGCUUGGAAAAUUGGGGCAUCACAUUGCUUUGUUUUGAACCCUCUGAUCUUUGCAGAGUAAGAGGGGGGGGGAGCGUACUGUGUUUGGGUGGGGAUUCAGGGAGGGGGGCGAAGGAGCUCACACGUAACCGUCUAACCAUGUCAAAAGAAAAAAGAAAAAAAAGCCAAACAGAGACGAAUCUACUGGAAAAACAGUUUGGAGUCGAACCAUGAAAGACAGUCAGCAAAACCUGAAGUUCUGUACAGUGUUGCUUCAGAAAGAGAACGCGAGAAUCCCAGAAGAAGCAGCAGUGAGCUUAAAGAAUAGCUUCUUGCAGAUCCAAACAGUGACGCAUAUAUAUAACAAACACUAAGCAUGAGUCUUAAUGAUUAGAUAGAUUUGAGUUUUGCCAAAGAAUUGCUUCGCGAGUCAGCAACAAGAAGGAUCAACUGUAAUAUUCCCUAAGUAAUUGCUGUACAAAUCUGUCUUCUUUAGUGAAUAAGGACCCUGUACAAUUUGAGUUACUUUUUUAAACGUUGCGCAUAUCAGUUUCCAUUUCUAAAACUUAAAGCCACCUUAUCGAGUGCAAAAAUCCAACAGAUGCAAGUCGAUCCCAAUUGCACACAUUUCAUGCAGUAAUGGAAGGCAUAUCAAAGCGAUGAGUCACUGCUAGAAAAAAUACAUUCUUGUAAUGCAGAUCCCCUGACAUUUCAACCAUCUGCUGUCUUUGUCCUCACAACAGUUUACAUUACAGCUCCUUUAAGUAGUUUUACUCGCAUUUUUCAGUACUUUUUCAUCCCCUAAAAUUGCUGGCGACAGCAAUAGCACAGGAGACUGAGCGCUUGGCGAGCCCAGAACAAACGCGUGACCCGGCCAUGUUGACCCGCAGCUGAAGUCGUUUACCAGGCCAUGUCCAAUAUCUUGCAGUCACACUACAAACCUACAAGUUCACAAUAUUAACCUGUCAUUCAAGAUCCAAAGUUACACCCGAUGUACAGCUGAGAGCCACGGACUAUGGCAGGAAACAGUACUCCACUGCUUGAGCAACAACAAUAAUCAUUUUGAAAAGACAAAAAAAUUUUCCUAUGGAACAGUAAGUGCAAUGUGCUUUGUUUUUAUAUUGACUCAGAACAAAUGAUAUAUAUAUUUUUAAAGAAGAAAUUAAAUGUCACACUGAAAAGGUUCGCGAAACAGUGAAAGAAGCAAAUGAUCAAACAAACAAAAGCAUUCAAACGAACAGACGCACUGAUUAAAAGAAAACGCAUCUGAAAAUUUCACUUCCUCAGUCCCUAAUUUGUGCUCUGACCAUGCAAGCUCAAAACAAAACUGCAUAUCUGGCCUACCUAACGGAGCAAUUCUCAAAGACUUUGAAAGGAAAACUGUCAAAUACAUCAUCAGUUUUUGCCCAUGUCGAUUUCAAAUAUCAUUUUUACUUGUAAUUUAUUGAUUUUAUUUACAUAUCAAAACUCACUUGUUGAAUUAGUGUAUUUGUGUUGUUGAUGUUGCCAUAGAGAACACACAUGGGUCAAAGAUUCUUUCUUUUUGUUGCAUUAAUUGGGUACAGUUUUCUUUCUUUUUCUUUUUUUUAUUAGUUGCAGUUUUUACAGUGUAUGCAGAUUUUAGACUUAGUUAGAUUUUUUUAUUUAAAUCAAACUGUGUUCAAUUGUGUUUGUAAAGUCUGUGGUAGCUUUUGUUGCAACAUAAAAUAAUUUAAACAGAAAAAAUUCAAAAUAGCGCCAAGAAACUUGUAUUAUUUGGGCGACUUUAAGCUUGUAGUUUUAACUUAUUGUUAACUUAAAAACUAUUUAUUAUCAUUAUUAUUAUUGCCUCGUAUAAAGUAUGUUUUGUGUAUAUUUAUGGUUUAUUUCAUUAUAUUUGCAAGUUUAAAAGAAUUUAAGUUUGCCAAAAUUGUGGUUACACCAUUUUGUUUCUUAAAAGGGAGACACAUAGAAAAACAGCUUUAGAAUUUGGAAACGUUCUCCAUAGUCAAAGAAUGCACUGCUAUAUUUAACUAAUUGAAGUGUAUAAACAUACAUGCUGUGUGCUAGAUGUUAUGCCUUUACUGCCUGUGUUCUGUUUGUCUUGUUAAAUGAAAAUCUUUUAAUUAUUUAAUCUAAUCACAGUCUUGUUUUUUCAACCACUCGUUGAACCCCCUGAGACGAGGAGAAGGCCAUCUUUUGAGGCUUGAAAGUGCAACAACUAGAGUUAGAGUUUAAGUCACUCACAAGAAACUUUCCUGUUUUGCUCAAAGAUAAAUUUAUCAAAAUGAUUGAUUACGGAAAUCAAAUUUACUUUAAAUUCGCCAUAUUUGGGGUGGAAAAAAACACAUUUCCCUGGUUUUGAAAAUGUGCUGCAGGAAGGUUUUCUUGGGAGCGUGUGGAGUUGUAAAAGGGGUGAGUGGUCCUUCUGUUUAUCAACUGUAUUUUGUGUCUAUUUAUUUAGAAAAGGGGACGCAGUAACUUAGUGAAGUUUUUCUUACACUUUCCUGGAACGGUAGAACAAAUCAAAGGUGAAAAAUGAUCAAAACAGUUCUGCGGACGCCACCGUCAGCAGGAAAACUGCAAAAUCACAUACUUCCAGACAUGACCAAAUGAACAAUGUCAAAAUUUAAUAAAGGAAAAAAAAAAGAUAAACCUUUCAGUUUAGAAUAGGAUAUUUAUUACUGGGAUUUCAGCUGAAGACGCUUGAAGACUUUUUCAUGGAAUUGUUUAAUUAUUUGUACUUUACAUGCCAGAAAAAUAAAAUAAAAGUUACAAAUACAAA